CUUCGAUUUGCCAUAAUCACACUCAUAUCGUGGAGAACAGAAAUCCGAUCGAAACGUUAUCAGCACGACAAACACAUAACCCGGCGAAUCUUAUCGGGGCGAGCUACCCAAACAACCAACAAAAGUGAAUCAGUUGUGGAAAGUAAGUGGAGCAAUGAAGACCUUGUUUCUGCUCCCGGUGAUUGUUCUUUUGGGGACCUUUUGCCCCUCGAAGGCUGCAAAUAUCCUGUGCCUAGUGAGCACGGCCAAGCACAACAAUCCCGGAUGGUCGAAGCCACUUUUCGACGCACUGGUGGCCAAUGGUCACACCUUACUGGUGAUCAGUACAGCUCCUAACCCGGAGCCAAAGAAGCAGGUGGACGGUCUAUUGUACUACCACUUGCCCAACGAAUACGAUGUGAUGAAGAAGCACUUCCUGCGUGAGGAUACCCACGAGUACCAGCCAAUGGUGACCCUUAAACAGCUGCUGGUGUGGUACGAGGUCCUCUUGGGCAGCUGCCGCUCCGUCCUCAACUCGGAUACCAUGAACAGUAAGAUGCCGGAGUUGACCGCCCAACUGGCCGUGGACUUUGAUCUGAUAAUCACAGACGUCACCCACGGCAUGGAAUGCCUUAUGGAUGCGGUUCCCAUUUGGCGUUCAAAGCCGGUUCUUGGCUUGAGUGCGGGAAAACUCACCCCAGACUUGAUCUCUCUGCUCAAAGCGGAAAAUACCAUAAAUGCGGCCAGGACACCGCACUACAUAAGUCAGGUUCCGAAAAAGAUGGGCUUCUGGAACCGACUUCACAACCACAUCUUGUACUAUGCAGAGCCACUGAUCCAUUUCGUUAUCAUUCGACCUGUGCUUAAUAACUUGGUGACUACGGAAAAUGCCUUUCCCACUUUACAAUUAGUGCUACUAAACACCCAUUCAACCUUGGACUAUGUUCAAAAUCUUCCACCCGGAGUCAUCGAAGUGGGUGGCCUUCACAUCAAGACUGAGGUCAAUCCUCUGCCCAGUUAUAUACAAAAAUUCACAGAGAAAUUCAUCGAUGGCAUCGUGUACAUCAAUAUGCCCUAUAUUGAAUAUAUGAAUAGCCUGGGAGUCCAAGCUGUGGUUAAGAUGACACUCGACAAUCCCAACUGUGGGUUUAUAUGGAAUGUGGAGGAGCUGGAGGAGAUGCCGCCUGAGAGACCCAAUUUAUUAACCCUUCAUGUUGAUCAGUCACUGCAGCAGGAUAUUUUGGCUUUACCUUACGUCAAGGGUUUCCUGAAUCAUGCUGAUAGUUUCAGUCUCCAGGAGGCAGUGCACAAUGGAGUGCCUGUUGUUAUGCUUCCCCUAAAACUGGAGGAAUUUAAUAAUGCCCAGCGUGCCAUGGAACGCUACUUAGGCGUGGUGGUUCAGGCCAAGGAAUUCAAUCUGAGAUCCCUGACUGUUGCUUUAAAGCGGAUUCUUGAUGACGAACAUUUCACAAGUGCUCUCUACCAUGCUCAGUUGAAAUUCCGAAACCGUCCACAAUCCGCCCUAGAAUUGGCAGUUUGGCAUGCUGAACAACUUAUUGCAGAGCCACGUUUCUUUAAGGAGUUCUCACAAACUGAGGCCUUAGCCCAAAAUUUCUUCGUGUCCCAUUCCCUAGAUGUGCUGAUGGUGCCCUUUAUUAUCCUUAUGGCGGUGGUUAUAAAUGUGGUCCGCCUAAUUAUAGUCCUUGUCACAGGACGUUCCAAAUCUAGGCGGAAUUCUAAACAGUCGGACCUUGAGCUACCUAAAAAACGCAAGAGGGUAAAAAAGACCUCCAAGAAAUCCUCAACAAUCCAAGAGACCAUUAAUAUAUUGAAAGAUUAUAAUGACAAGAUGCUCAAAGAGGAGAAGUAUCUUCUUAACGAGGAAGAAAUGCCUCUAGAAGAGAAGAAAGAUAUGUAAAAUUUGCAACUUGUUUUCUCUAUUUUCAUGUACUAUAAUAUACCAAAGAAAGACUGGCAAUAAAUAUAUUUAACGAUC